CCCCCCUUUUUUUAUUUAUUAUUUCUACACUUUUAUUCAAUUUUCUUGGCGUUUCUCCUUCUCUCUCUUCUCCCUGAACUCGAUCGACAAGCGCUCGUCCUCUGUUCGGAUCGAAUUCCCACCUCAGGAAAAGAGCAGAAUGUUCUGAAAACCCUAGAAUUUCAAUCGAAUCGAGCAGAAAGUUAAUAUCUUUUUCUCCUUCUUCUUUUUCUUCCGCGAGGGUUCGGUACCAGGAGGCGGCUUCGCUUUGUCGAUUGUGUUUGUCUGAGCAAAAAUUAGGGUUGGUGGUAAUUGUUUCGAUUCGUUUCUCGUUUAUUUCAUUUGGUUAUCCCUUGAGUUAUCAGUUUCCCUUUUCAAGUCUAUCGAAAUUUUGUUUCUUUGAUCCGUUCUGUGUUGGGUAUCUGUUUUUGCCUCGUUUGGUAUAAACCCUAGGUUAGUCGAAUAAAAAAUCCCCCCAAAAAAGUUAAAUUCUUUGAUUCUUAUCCCUGUAGAUAAAUUGGUUGCGGCAUCGUUUUUUCGGUUUCCAUUUCAGCUGAUUUUAGGUUAUUUGCAAGAAAUUCUGUGAAAUUUUUGGGCGUCGUUUUAGUCUGCCAUCAGAAAUUGAGGGUUUCCUUGUUAGAUCUUCCUUCCCCUUGUUACAUAUACAUAUAUAUAUAUAUAUAUAUUUUUUUUUUCCCACACCUCUUUGAUAAAACGAAAAAAAAAGAAGAGAGAAAAAGGGUUCAAGAAAUCUAGGGUUUGCCGUUUGUGUAUAGACUUAUGUAGAGAGAAGUCUGGUUGGGGUGUGUAUUCAAUGGCCUUGAAUUUUUCUCACCGACCAAUCUUUCCGGGGCAUCUGUCUGAGGACAAUUUGGUUUCUCCAAUGAGGAUUGCCAAUGGGUACCUCGUGGAGGGUAUGCCAGAGAGGAAUGGAGAUGGUUUCGGUAGGCCGUGGCAUUCAAAUCGAGAAGUGGAUGGUUGCUUUGAUUAUGGAAGAGAUAGAUGUGAUAGGGGUUUCUCACAGGAUCCCGUUUCGAAUGACAUUCUUGAUCUAUUGCCUUCGGACCCUUUUGGCAUGGAUAUAAGUACCACGUUUACGGCUAUCACAGGCUGGCUUGAGGAUUUGGAAGUGGACUACAGUGGUUAGAGGGAUGAGGUGGGGACAAGUAACGGUAAUUAUGAACUUUUUGCGGGGUUGAAUUUUAUCUGGAAUAAUGCUAUGAAGUUCCAGGCAUUCCCAGGGAAUAUUGGGGUCGAUCACAAGUCUAAUGUAGCCAGUGGAUUCGGUGGGUGCUCAAAAGAGAAGGGAGUUGAUGAUUCGCCCUUACACAGCGGUUUUGGAUCAGCAUGUCCAGUCUUUGACGUUUUGAAUUUUGGCAAUGAAAGUUGUGGUUUUUCCAAUCAGCAAAAUGUAGAGGUCCAGCAUGGCGAUGGGAUUUGUGGUGGCGGUGAUGGAGGAGCUCCUCAUGGGGCUUUGAUGUUUGCCCUUAGUUAUCUUGGGGUGCAGGAUCUUCUUGUUGUAGACGGUGUUUGCAGAUCUCUCCAUUCUACAGUUCGCGGUGACCCCCUUUUGUGGAGAAAUAUUCACAUAGAUCAGCCACUGAACGAGAAGAUUACCGAUGAUGUUCUUUUGCAAUUAACUGAUAGGGCUCAAGGAAAUCUGCAGAGCUUGAGCCUGGUGGAGUGCCCAAGGAUCACUGAUGAUGGUCUGAAGCGUGUGCUUGAAAGUAAUCCCAGGCUAGCCAAGUUGAGCGUGCCUGGAUGUACUAGACUCAGUAUUGAGGGCAUUGUAAAUAGCUUAAAGGUGUUCAAUUCCAAGGGUGCACAAGGUGUGAAGCAUUUACGAAUUGGUGGACUCUAUGGUGUGACACAGAAGCAUUUUGAAGAGUUGAAGUUCUUGUUGGGAACUGAUGGGCAGAUGCAGCCUAAUACACGCAAGCCACAUUUUUAUCAAAGAGGGAACUUUUAUCUGGCCUCUGAUGAUGAUAGUGACAUUGAUAUUGAAAUGUGCCCUCGAUGCCAGAACCUGAGGCUUGUCUAUGAUUGCCCUGCUGAGGCUUGUCAAGGGAAAGAACAUCCAACUCAGGUAUGCAGGGCCUGCACACUUUGCAUAGGGAGGUGUAUUGAGUGUGGUCGGUGCAUUAAUGAUAGUGAAUAUGAGGAAACGUUUUGUUUGGAGUUGCUUUGCUCAGAUUGUUGGAAGCAGCUACUAAAGUCUCAAGAGACACAGGAUGGAACCUACGGUCCCUCCAAACCUUCUGUUCUCCAUGAACGGAAUGAUACUUCUUAGUCGACAUGGCUAGGUUCUGUUGGUUCUGUAAAUCUGCUGGUUUCAUAUUAAUGGAUGAGAAAAUUACAAGUGGUUCCUAAGGUAUCCAAUCAGUUUAAGAUUAUGGUCCCUUUAUCUCAUACCGCUUGGUCAGCUGGCUUUGUUGGAUUUAGUCUAUUGGUUGACUUCAGCUUUGGCAGUUUGUAUCUCAUCUGGGGCUCCGAGCCCACUGCUAGUACAUCGUGAUGAACAGAAAAAAAAAUGUAAAAUAAAAACAAAAAAGAUGGAAAUUUUAGGGGUGAAGGAGAUUGUGAACAAAUUUCUGCAUCCACUGGAGGGCAUGGAAUUUUGUUCUGGUGAUUCCGUUAGUUGGCUCUGGCAUGGGUAAUUGUUCUACAAGGAGUAUGUUGAUUUGCCUUGGAGUAUUAUGUAUGAAGUCUGUUGGCAUCUGACCAAUAUGCGAGGUAGCCUACUAGAGCGGUCAACAGUAGGGAACUACUACUUGUAGAGAGCAAAGUGGAAAGGCAACUUAUUUGUUGUACAUCGGCCAUUGUGCUCUGUGAACUCUGUGCCUACGCAUGGAAGUGGUCGUCGGUUACCUGUGAAGAGUUUGAAGCGUGAAGUACGUUGGUUCUUGCAGUCAUACAAGGGAGUUACAUUGUUCAUUCUUCCAGUUGUGCAGCAGUUUAUGUUCCGAAGUAGCACUCCCAUCUGUGACCUGCUAUUUGGGAUGAAUCCCAGAGCAGGACAGGAUCUUCUACCUGGCUUUAUAUAUUGCACUGAUUUUAUCUGGUGUCAUCUAUAGUGCCAUUCCACAGAUUCGUUCUUGUUCAGUCAAGAAUGAAGCUACGAUUGUUUCCUCCUGCCGGAAACAAUGUUGUUCAUAAAAGACGGGGCAUGUGCAUGUGCAUUGUUAAAAAAAAGGCCGUGCUGGUAUGUUCUUGCUUUGGAGGACGUCUUUCGUCUGUCUCAGUUAGGAUCCAUGGCAGCUUCACCGUAUGCUCUUUGAGCAAAGAAUUGCCAAAUGCUGCUUCUCUGGCGUCAACCAGAGUUAUCUUUCGUGUGUGCCUUGAGCACCAAGUUAUCUGCUUCUUUACGGUCGAAACGAAUGAUGUAAAAUGUACUUUCUCUCAUUAAGUUAUGGUUUUAUGUAAAAGCGGGCAAAGCUAUUGCUCGCUAUGUACGCUCUUUUUCCCACUUUCCUUGGAUGUAUUAUUCUCUUAUUAUCGAGAUUUUCCCACUUGUUCUUUCA